GCUUAGAUUGUAUUGAGAACAUUUAGCUUAUGGGUGGAAUAAUAAUAUUCAUUAUCUUGAACUCAACCUUUAUUUUAUAAAUGGCAUACACUAAUGUGUGAUAUACCUUCAUUUUAUGAGGUAGUACAUUAGUGCCAUUCCUAAUUGUUUACAUGCUAAAGAUAACCCAUUUGAAUUAUAGUAAUCAUUUAUACAAUUGGAACAGUUAGUUCUAUCGUAACAAAUCAAACAAGUUGCCAUUUUUGUUUCUAUCAACAAUCCAAACUGUGCAUCAGCUGGUUCGCAAUUAUUCAAUUAAAUCCAAUUAGAAAAACUUAGUAUGAAUCAAGGCCAGCAAUUGUAGCUUGAUCUUUAAGUAUCCUUAUCUAAGUUUACAGACCAACAAGAAAAGAUGCAAAUCAGUUGGAUAGUAUCAAAAUUGA